CCGUCAAUAACAGCACAUCAUGGACGCUCUUGCAGCAUAUGGAUCAGAUUCAGAUGACUCUGAUACAGAAUCAACUCCUAUCUUCACCACAAGUGCUCGCGCAUCAGAGGGAGCGGCGUCAACAUCAGCAACAGCUGAAGUUACAUAAGCUAGGUAUGAGAAAGGCGCGAGACAUGCCAAUCAAUGUAGUCGACAUCUCUGCAAAGGACCAGAUGAGUCAAGCACAGCAUGUGCGGAUGGCUAUGGGAGCAAACGGUGGCCAACCAAAGCCAGUGAAUCUUGCGUCAAUUGAACAUUUGAAACCUUCUUUAGGACAAAAACGGAAGCACAAUAUCAUGUCACUAGCAUAUCAGGCGAAAGCGAAUGAACAACAGCUGAAUGCCAGUUGGGCUGCCAGUCGCAGAACAAAAGCCGAGACACAGUCCAAAUAUGGGUUUUAAAGCUAAAAGCCAUCUCCUUGUUAUGUAUAGUAUAGUUCCGCAUUUUUUAUAAUAUAGUAUUAAGGGCGUACAAAUUAUGGACCGGAGCCUUCUCUUUUAUUUUC